AUGGCUCCCUUUGCCCAGGUCUUGGCUGAACUGGGCAGCUUUGGUCACUUCCAGGUGCAGCUGCUGAUACUGCUGAGUGUGCCCAGCUUCCUGACCGCCUUCUACAUGUUCACCCAGGUCUUCAUGGUCCUGGACGAGGCCCACUAUUGUUCAGUGACCUGUGUCAGGAACCAGACUCUGAACCUGAGCGCGGCUGAGCAGCUGGCCCUGGGCUUGCCCCUGGAUGCUGCAGGCAGUCCCGAGCCCUGCCUCUUGUUCCAGCUGCCCCACGGUGCCAGCCUGGAGUACAUCCUCAGCCACAGCUUCAGUGAGACGCAGCUUUGCGAGGCGGGCUGGGUCUAUCCCGAAGGCAGGCCCUUGUCCGUAGAGAAUGAGUUUAACAUGGUCUAUGGUUGGAAGCAUCUGAAGGAAACAUCAGUGUAUGUGGCUGGGCUCCUCACUGGGGUGCUCACCUUCGGGCCCCUCUGCGACAGGAUUGGCCACAAGGCCACUCUCCUGGUGCCGCUGCUCCUCUUCGCCAUCCUCGGCAUGAGGACUGCCUUCAUGCCCAGCUUUGAGCUCUACAUGGUCCUGUGCUUUUCUGUGGCCACAGCCGUCGCUGGAUAUACCUUCAGCAAUGUCACCCUACUUACAGAGUGGGUGGGGCCCUCGUGGAGGAUCCAGGCUGUGGUCCUGGCACAGUGCGCCUUCUCCCUGGGGCAGAUGGCUCUUGCAGGACUUGCCUGCGACAUCCGGAACUGGAGACUCUUCCAGAUUGCUGGCACGGCACCUGUCUUUCUGCCCUUCUGCUUCUGGGCCCUGCCAGAAUCUGCACGGUGGCUCCUUACCUGGGGGAGGGGAGAGGAGGCCAAACAAUUGAUCCAGAAAGUGGCCUUGAUCAACAGGCACAAACUCUCCUCCCAGCUCCUGAGCCAGCUGGCCCUAGAGAAGACCAGCCCCUCAGGGAAUGCCCUAGAUCUGUUCCAACACCAGCUCCGGAAGGAGACCCUGAUUCUCUUCUACAUCUGGUGAGUGGACUCACUGAUGUUCUAUGGCCUGGGCCUCAAGGUGGGGCACUUUGGCCUGAACAUCUACCUGACACAGUUAAUCUUCAGAGCAGUCGAGGUGCUGCUGCAGCAUUUUAUAAUGGAAUGGAUGGGCCGCAGGUAGAGUCAGUCGGGGACCCUGGUUCUGGGUGGCCUCACGUGUAUCACCAUCAUCUUCAUCCCAGCAGAUCUGCCUGUGGUGGUCACUGUGCUGGCUCUGGUGGGGAAGUUUGCCUUGGUGGCUGGAUUUACCAUCUUCUACGUGGACUCUGCUGAGCUCCUCCCCACUGUCAUCAGGCAGACGGGCAUGGCGCUGGUGGACAUCUUUUCAAGGAUCAGGGGCAUCCUCAUGCCACUCAUGAUCCUGCUGGGCGAGCAUCACGUGUCCCUCCUCGUGCUCAUCUACGGCAGCCUCCCCAUCGGGGCCGGCUUACUGGCCCUGCUGACAGAGACAUGUGGCCAGACCCUGAAGGACACUGUCGAAGACCUGGAGCAAGAAUCCUGA